AUGAUCAGACACAGUGUACAUGUCUGAGCAGCCACAGUCUCGCCCACUUUAAGUGAAAACAGACUUCCAGUGAUGGAGUUCAGAGAGCUGGGCGCAGACGGAAGCUCCGAUGGAGAAUCGGGGGAUUUGGAUAGCGUGAAAGCACUGACAAAGAAACUCAAACUCCAGACACGCAGACCGUCGUACCUGGAAUGGAAGGAGCGACUGCAGACUCGCCCGUGGGCUGAUGCCACACAAAGUUCAAAUGUCAGCUCCGGAUCUGUGGAGAAGGACACAAAUCUAUCCGACACUUGGAAAGAUGGGAUCCCUUAUAAGAACAUUUGCGGCUUUGAUACUAUAGACGACGCUUUAGAGUGGCUCCGAAGCGAACUGAGGGAGAUGCAGAUGCAGGAUAACCGUCUUGCACGUCAGUUGAUUCGCUUGCGGGGGGAGAUCCACAGGCUGAAGGUGGAGCAGGUGUGUCACCGUCACAAAGAGAUGCUGGAUGAUGCCAAGUUUGAACUGGAGGAGUGUGAGGAGGAGUCUGAUCUGCUGUGUGACAUCCCCAUGAAAGCUGCCUUUGCUCUAUCCACCCCUCUUAAACAUCUCGGUCUCACAAAGAUGAACCUCAACUCCAGACGGUUCUCGCUGUGUUGAAAGGUUUACCAACACAACUCACUUCCGAAAUUUUGGGAUGUUUCUUGCACUGGAAACCAACAUUUUCAUUAAUUGAGCAUUAAGGUUGGACUCCAAAUUAAAAAAAAAAUUGUUUUCUUCAUAUCACUUUCCAUUCUUGAAUUUUGUUCAUUAAUUAUAUAUUAUAAAUAUUAUAUGGUAUUAGCACCAACCUAGAUCUCAUAUACUGCAAUUCAACCUGCACUUCAGAACUAGUCAAAGUGGACUCACCACUAGUGUGAUGUCAUGACAUAUUUAGAGCAGAGUUGAGAAAGAGUUUAUAUUUACAUUUUAAAAAUAUCUGAGAAUCAGGAAGAGCCUUCUUCGGCAUCAAAAGGCAUGUAAAAUUGGAACACAUUUCCAUCAGUGUUCCUGGCUGCUCGGGGGAGGAAAGACUACUGUCAGCUUGGCUGCUGUCCCGAACAGCAGCCUUGGAGGAAGUGAGAAUUUGUGUUCAAUCAUUCUGUCAACUUAUCUCUUAAAGGCAUGGCAAAUUUAGCACAUUUCAUACACAAUGGCAAUUCAAAGUGCUUUACAUAUACAUUUGAAAGAAAAUAAAAGAUAAAUAAAAAAUUAAAACCAAUUAAGAACAUGAAGUAAUAAUUUGAAAAAAUGUAAACCCAAAUAUAACCACACUGGAGGGCUCAGAGCUUUAAUGAGUUCAUGAGAAGCUAAUGUCAGUUUCUGUUCUUUUAAGCCCAAUGUCAACAAAGGUGUUUUAUCUAGAAUAAGUUGCAGUUUAGAUGUGAGGGUACAUUUUUGGAUUUAUAUAUAAAAUAUAUGGUUGGGCAAUUUCCAUUUACACAGUGAUCAAUAGAUUUUAAUAAGUGUUCAUAGAGUUCAGUGUACAUUACCUGCACUUAACUUCAUAAAGUUUUAAAUUGACACUGAAUAUGGACCUUAAUACGUGAAGAAAUAGUAUUUUCUGUGUACUGCUUUUUUAUCACACUACAUUAAAUAAACUUUGCUACAGUACAGUAAAAUGUAAUCAGCAUGUUAAGUGAAACCAAACACAAUGACUUACUAUUCUAGUACAAAGGGCUAAAAUAUCUACUGUAAAUAAACCACAGAUGCCUUACAGCUAGUGUUAAGAAGGGUAUUUUUGUAAUCUAAAAGAAAGGAGAACUCAUUCACUGUUACUCAUUCACAACAAUAAAUUAAAAUAUAUGAAUUUUAUAAACUCCAUUGUUGCUUUAUAUU